AUGACUUUGUAUAGGAAAGAAUAUCAUGAGCCAAUUGAGCUCAGGGUUGAAAGUCCGGCCUGGCUAACCCUGGAACAUCAUGAUGCCUCCCUUGAGUCUGUCGGCGAAGAGUGGCAGGUCUUCGGAGACUACCAUUUACCUACUGGCUACGAACUAGCCUACGUCCCCUCAAAUGCAAUUGUGGAAUCCAUAUCAAGCGCCUCCGCCGACUUAACCUCCCCCGAGAAGAGAAACUCGGUAUACAACCUCUCCUCGAUCUACAGCCUCUCUACAGCCGUAGUAGCAAUCGUGCAGAUCAUCUACGCAUCAGCAACACUCUACCGCUCGCGCGGUGACCAGGUCGCCAAAUAUGGAUAUGCCGCGUUUGGAUUCACCGUUCUGCCAUACCUGAUUAUGUCGUUUGUCAAUCUCGUGGGAAACCUGGUUACGCCGCGGUAUUCCACGCUGUACCUUGUUCGCACGGAGAUGAUGGAUGAGGCUGUGGAAAGGGGUGGAUAUUUUGAGGGUACUACAGCCAGACUUGAAAGUGCUCAGCUUCAGUUGAAGCACGGUUUUGUGUUUGAGGCAGAGCUUCAAGAGCAUGAGCAUCGAGGUGGUGAGGAGCGCUGGGAGUUUCAGGUGGGGGGUGUUGAUGUAGGUUCGAGUGAUGAUGAGCUUGAAAAGGUCAAUAAUGCAUCUAUUGGGGCAGAUUCUGCGCCGGGUGAGGCAGUGACUGCGGCAGACAUUCCGCUGGUGGUUCAACAUGAUGGCGAGUCACCGAAAGAAUCUGCUGAAGAGGAGACAAAGGUUAAAGAGACCGUUGAAGAGAAAUCGGAAGAUGCAAAGGCAAGAAAUAAGGAGGCAAUGGACGACGCAGACAACAAGAAACCUCUACUCAUCAUCCCAAGCUGCUACAAUUUCAAAGUUGCCACCCAAACCCGCGGCUUCUUCAGCUCCAGCAACCCAACCCUCUUCGACUGGCACCACCGCAUCAUCUUCUGGAUGCUCCAACUUCUCAUCGCAGCUGUGCCCUUUAUCGUUAUCGGGGCCAUGUCCCGUUUCAAGGCCAAUCACAGCACCACAGCUCAGCGGGCAUGGAUCAUGAGCUGGCUGUCCUUGGGAAUGACGCUCGUGCUCAAUGCUUUCCUCUCUAACUACAUGGUUCGCCUAGGCUUUGCGGCCCAUAAGAGCCAUCGGCUUUGGAGGACAGAUCGCUCGGGGCCCUUAAAGCAUCGCUUUGGGUGGAGUGUGUUUGGUGUUGUCGUCGUGGUUGUGUUCGUGUGUGCAUGGGCUACCCCGACCAUUGGCGGCUUUACGAUGGUGGCCAAGAUGCUGAGGGAGAAUGGGUCUUGUACACUCAUUGGAUGA